AUGCGCCAUGAACUAUCUGGAUCGGUUUUUAUGAAUGUGAAAGGAUUCUGGAAAAAAUACUUUGAAAAGCCUAAGUGUUCGAAGCACUGCAAAGCAUUAUCAAAAGAGUACGAGGCUCGCUCAGGAGAAGAAAAGCUGAAAUUUCCUGAGGAUCCCGCGGAGGCGGAUGUGUGGAGAUGGAUGAAGGCUUUGGAAGAGGAGAUUAUCAAAUCUUCUGUUAACACCUUGACAAAAUUGGCAAAGGAGAAAGGAAAGAUGGCCGGAAUUAGAUUCAUGUACUCCAUUGAAGCCACACAAUGCCACACAUUAUCCAAAGGACAAAUCGAAGGAGGGCAAACUGACCGACAGCUUGAUUAUUUUAUCAAGCGAAAUAAUCUCCCUAAUGGUGACGGCUAUCACUGGCGCGACGUACUUGUGGUAGGAGAGCUGACAAAGCUACCAAUGUCAGCGUUUUUGGACAAGUUUCUUCAGCUUUGUGUGUAUAUGAGUGAAGUCUUCUUGGCCCAGCCACUACGUCAUUUUGUUCACAGGCUCAUACUUUUCGGGCCUUAUUGUGAGUCGAUCAUUGAUAUUGGGAAAUCCCCAAAAAAACUAGUCCACGUGCUGGCUGCCUACAUGUUGAUGAGCGACAAAGAGCACGAGAUCGACUCAAAUAUUCGAAAUGACGGUGACGAGAUCAUUAUCAAGAUGAAGGUUCCAGGGUCAAGUGUCAUGCAGGAGUUUUCUCUUUUUACGAAGCCGUUGCUAUGUCAAUCGUCGCUUGUCUCCAGGGGCACAACUGUUUACUCCUCUACUGAUAAAAAAUACGUGGUAAAGUUCUCGUGGAAGAUUUGUGGGAAAACAUCCGAGGUAGAAUUGCUCAAGAUUGCAAAGGAUGUUGUAGGCAUGGCAAAGCUCAUCGGAUCGCGCGACUUAGUACAGACAAGUACGCUCCGAAAGGGACUUACUUUUAUUCAUCUCAUGGUGAAGUACACACGACCGGCUGAAAAGAUAUUAACCACGCCAGUCGUUUUAAGUGGGAAUUCUGUUCAAUACCUAAAGAAGAGCACGAGCAAAGCUGAAUCUCGAAAACGGAAGAGCGAGUCAGGACAGGCCGGAGCCAUAAUUGAGUCCGUAAAUAUGCGAAUACGAAGUGGAACUAAAGGUCAGUAA